AUGCGGUGGUGGGGAUGUUGGAACGUUACGUGGGCGGCGUCUGUUGCCGCCUGUGGGCGACGCGUCAUGAAUUCUCAUCACCGGCUGCACAGCACCACCGGCAUAGGCACACUCUCCGCAUUGCGACCCGCGGAGGAGGAGGCGCAACUCUUCUCGCAGCUCUCAGAGGCUUUGUUUGCAGAUGAGGCGGCCGCCCUCUCGCUGAGCCUCCCAGACAUCAGUGACUGUGCGGUGCCUGCCACAGGUGCUGAGGAGGAGGCAGGGGAACCACAGCUCUCAGCCGAGGCCUGCAUGGAGGUCGUGCUUGACCCACCACUGCCGUUGUUGACUUCAAGAGGGAACGAGCAGCUGAACGAAGAAGGACUACAAACAGGCAGCACAGUGUGCGAGACUCAGUCGUCGCUGCCGUCAUUCUCUCAUGCCAUGGAAGAUCUUUCCCUCUGCCGUGAUGGGGGUGGUGCUGCAACAGCGUUGGCAACUGCGGUGCGUGCCUUCAUGUCGAGCGACACGUCCGUCAUGAAUCGCGCAGCCUCUGAACUGAUACUAGCCGGUAGUGACGUGAAGGCGCUUUUUCCAGAUGGCACGCUUUGCGGGAUUCGAAUGGAACAUAAAUGCAUGAGUCAGUGUGACUUUUCUACCGUGUCGUUUCUCUCUGUCUACGCAACGGAGGUGGAUUUCUCCCGCAGCCUCUUUUACGGCGCCAUCUUCCACGACUGCGUGUUUGUCCGCUGCUGCUUUGACGGAUGUGUCCUGAAGGAGCUGCGGUGCUCGGGGAACGUGCGUUUUGAGGACUGUUCCUUUCGGUUUGCGAACAUCGAAUUGCGUCUCUCCCGCGGAGACAAGUCGACACGCGCGAAGGUAAUGUUUGAGCGUGGCGACUUUGAUUUGGCGGACUUUAGCGGCAGUGAUCGACUUCCGGCGAGAUGUUUCGUAGACUGCUGCAACACUGAAAUUGCCGCGAAAUUUCCCCCAACACGCGUCUGA